GUGAAAAUCUAGUCAUCAAGGAGAAGCCCCAAUAUUGGGAUGUCGUUAUUCUGACAACCUUCGACUCGGCCCAGAGAGACAGUUUUGAGCAGCAGAUUGCAUUGAAGAGACAAAAUGGACAUUUUCCCGAUGUUCCAAUCCAUGUCAUAGCAGAUCCUGUGGAUCAGAAGCUAGGGGUUGGGGGAUCGACUCUGCAUGUUUUGUCCGAGAUGACCAAAAUCUACGGCAGUGAACUUCAUCAGAAAAAGUUGCUUAUUAUUCACUCAGGUGGCAGCAGUCAGAGGUUACCAAGCUACAGUGUCAUUGGCAAGAUUUUUGCUCCAGUUCCUUGCCAAGAGCUGAUUGUUGGCAUGUCCAUUCCACAAAUGUUGGACCUUAAGCUCGCAAUGUACCUGCCUUUCUGUCAGCUGCUACAGCCGGGAGUUUUUGUCACCUGUGCUGAUGACAUAGAAACUUACUGUCAUGAUGCAGAAAAGCUAGAUAUUAAAACACUUCAGGCAGCGGAUGUGGUGGCCCUGGCACACCCCUCUGACAUCCAGACAGGAGAGGGCCAUGGGGUUUAUGUGUUUGAGGACCAAGACUCAGGAAAUAUGGCUGGAGAUGACAGUAGCUGUGUGCGGCAGUGUGCGGAGGUGCUGCAGAAACCCUCAGAGAGCACCAUGAGGGCUAAGGGAGCAGUGUUAACCAAAGAGGACAGUGGCUGUUCGAGAGAGCAAGUAUGGAGUGACAGUGUAUUCUGGCUGAGUGCAAAGCUGUAUGAUAAGUUAUUGAAAUGGUAUAGUAACAACACUCCAUUAACCUCAGAACUUGAUGCCUAUGCACACUUCCUGCCAUGCCUUGGGUCUAGAAUGAAAAACGCAAAGCCCUCAGACUUCACAGAUUUUCGAGCCGAGAUGCUGCCUUUGCUUCAGGACUGCAACUUCCAACUUGUUCUUCUUAGCAAGUCUAAGUUCUAUCAUCUUGGCACGAUGGAGGAAUAUCUAAUGCACUUCAACAUCUUGGAUGAGUUUUGCAGAGAAUUAGGAAUCGUGAAAAACACAAGUAACAUUCCUAAACCCUUCAUUGGAGGAAGUGAAAGCUCCAGUAAAGAUGUUAGUAUUCAUAAAGAAAUGACUAUUGAAACCUAUUUUUCUGAUGCAACUCUUGGGAUAACAGUUUUACAGGACAAUGCUCAGGUUGUCAUUGAAAACUGCCUUAUAGAUGUGCCCUUACAAAUUGAGGGCCACACAAUCAUUAGUAACUGCACCUUGAAAAAGUGCCCCAGUGUGAGACUUCUACAUGACAAGGUCAGCUUAUUCCAAGGUUUCUUGUAUCAUACUGUACCUGUUACUUAUGAGAACCAAAACCUGUAUGUAACCAUUGCUUUUAAUGUAGAUUGCAACAUGAAGAAAACAUCAAAGAAUUUGUCAGAGAUUGAGCUGUAUGGAACUACUCUCAGUGAUGUGGUUUGCCAUCUUGGUUAUAAAUCAGAAGAUGUGAUAUCAAAAAAUGCGGCAGUCAUAUCUCUUUGGACAGCAAAAAUAUUUAUGGGAAAACCUACAGCUGCUGAGAGCUUUUGGUGGACCCACUACAAUGUGAAUCUGGUGCUGAACAAGCUGCAAGGUACACCAAAGCAAACAGAAUUAGAUGUUGGUAACAGUACAGCAUUACUUAGUAUGUAUGAUAUUACUUUACACAAGAACCUAGAAAUUUUAUUGAAGGACAGAGAACAUCUUAGCAGCAUUUUGAAAGAAUAGAUUUGUAGAUGGACAGAUUUAGUUUUAAUAAUUAUGAGCAGACAGUUAAUUGUGCAAUAGUGAUUUAUUUGUGAGUUUGUUGCAGCGUGAAUAAUGGGAACAAGUAAAUCUCAAGAGUGUUGUGAAAAUUCUAAAGGAUUCUAAAUAUAUUAUUUCUUGAUAUAGUCUGCACAGGCCUUUAUGUAAUGUAAAUGUAUUUAUUGUAUAACUUAACAUUAUAUUACAUCAUUCAAAGACCAAAUUAUUAUUUAUUAAACUACUAUAAUGAACCAGAUAAAUACUUGGUGCCAA